CAGAACCAUGCCCCCUUACUGAUCACAUCAGUUAAGGACCAACAAGCUGCUGCACCCAUUUGCUCCACAAUCAUAUCUUUUUAAAACUUUUCCUGAUCCUUUGGGCUCUCUCAUUUUAUGGCACUGUCAUCUCAGAUGAUACCAUUUGUGCAAGUUGCAUUUUUCUGAUAAGUGUUGGAGUGAAUUUACUUUCACUUGAUUCAUUUUUAACCUGGAUAAAGGAUGAAGAUUCUUCUUGUCGUGGUUUACUGCUUCUCAGCUGUGUGUGUCAGGACGUCAGGCGUGCUGGAAGUGAGCGGCCAUGUUGGAGGAGAGGUCUCCAUCCACUGCUCUGUCGGCGGGACCAAAGCCAACAACACGGAACCCAACAACAUGUACUUCUGUAAAGGAGUCUGUGCCAGGGAAAACAUCGUCGUCGAAAUGGAGAAGCAGCGGUCUGAUGCCAGCGGGGAGGGGAAGUACAGCAUGGAGGUCAAAAAAGGAUAUGGACUCUUCAAUGUGACCAUAAAGAAACUGACGAGAAUAGACGCUGGCCGAUACUGCUGUGGAGUAGAGGAAACAUUUAAUGUGUUGCACCAGGAGAUUAAUCUCUUAGUUCUGGAUGCUCCCACUGUUCCUCCUGGAUCUCUGCCCCAUGGCAGCUUUCAAUCUACCACUGAAUCAUCCCGAGCGGCAGUGCCACGAACCACUACUGACAAGACAAACAAGCGUGCCACCACCAACCUCACAGACACCACGGUGGUCAUCAUUAUUUCUGUGAGCCUGGCACUCCUGGUUUGCGCACUCAUCCCUCUUGUAUUCUAUGGAAACUGGAGGAGCAAUUCAGGUCAAAGCAGAUCUGAGGCAAACAAAGACAAGGUCGAUUACUGUGAGGAAAACGCAGAUGGCAGCACCUCCACUAUGGGCAUGGUGAAGCUGCAGUCUUUAGAACUUUAUCCAGAGUGCAGUGCUCAGGAUCCCUCCCAGUAUGCUGCUGUCUACCAGGAACUGGAUCCCAAAACUCUGGACUGAGCAGAGCUAAUUCUGUCCCUGAGCUGACAUCUUGUCCUAUUCUUUGCGCUGUAUUUAAUCAAGUUAAGGACAAUUUGAAUUUUACACUCCUCCUUUACAUGUCAGGUAUUUGGUGCAUCAUGUUCUACAUUUGUGAGAGAGCUAAUGCUCUGUGGUAUUCUUACUGUGGUACGGUGACAUCCCUGCUGCCCUGUACGUCCUCCAGAAUGUUGAAUAAACCUCAGUGGGACAAAUAAGGUGAAAAUGGAAGAGGUAUUUUGAUGCAAAUAUGGUAUUAAGACUUUUGCUACUACUCAAUGAGCAUGGCGCUGUGUUUUUUGCUGUUGCUUGUGCAUAUUUAACACUGAUUAACAAAGAUUAAUAUUCUCUUCAAAACUACAUGUGGCUUCCCGAUGAAUGUUAAUCUAAUAUUACUCUAAUGUGUGUUCUGAAGCAGGAGCAUGUGUUACCUCAUAUUACAAAACCAUCAGAUGCCCACAUGUGACCUUGCUGUGUAAAAGUGUCAUGUUAACAGUUUUUUUUAAUUUUUAUUAUUAACACGUCUGUCAAUAAAAAAGAGCGCCAGCCCC